AUGGCUCUGAACACGAACGAGAAAGCCAUGGAACGAGGCGCUUCGCCACUUGGCGACAAUGAUUCUGAUGCAGCGCUGCUGGUACUUCCAAUGGACUCUGGCAUGUCAAUCGCGACUGGCUACGCGGACAGCGAGAAAACUGCUGUAGUACAGCCACAGCCCGCCAUCAUAGCAGUCCAACCUGCACCAGUCAUACAGCCAGCAUACGCAGCAGCAUCGGUCACGCCGUUGAGGCACUUGAAGAGAGAGCCUGCACAUGUGGACUGCCCGCACUGCCAUGAGCGGCGACUGACCAGAGUGACCAAGUACAAAGAAGAUGCAGUCGGCGAUUGCUUCGUGGUGACUGCAUCAGUAUGCGGAUUCUACUGCGUUCCCACUCUGCCCAUCUACACGGCUGCCAAGCACGGUGUCGUUGGCUUCGUCCGAAGCUACGGAAAGCAUCUCCCAGCAGAGGGUAUCUCAUUGAACGCGAUUUGUCCAAACGUCGUCCGCACGAGCAUAUCAACAGAGACCUUUUACAGCGAUAUGCAGGCUAGGAAAUUGCUCGUGCCCAUGGAGACCGUUGUCCAGGCAUUCGAAAGAUGUUUAGACGCUGACAUCUCUGGGGAGACGCUGGAGAUCGAGACGCGCAGCGGCAUUACCCACCGCUCAGCUCCUGAACCAUUCGACCAGGAUGCAGCUGAUACUCUGGCGUUGCUGCAUGUUCGUGGUUCGCCGCUACAUGCGCAGGAACAAGUAGACAAUUAG